AUGGAAGAAAGCAAAGACCUCAUCCUGUACAAUUCACAGGCUCUUUCUUUCCCCGCAAUCCCACAAUUAUGGCAUGCUUCCCAACAACCGUUCAUGCCAUAUUAUUUCACUUCAUCACCACCGCGGUAUUAUCCAUCCUUACCAUAUCUGUCUCAAUACUCGAAUGCAACGGCAAUGAUCCGACAACAAAAAUACCGAAGUAAGGAAAUGCGAAAGUCAAGUAAAACAAAUUUCUGGUGUGCCGGCAUAGCUCAACUGCUGUGGACAAUAGUCGCGAUAAUUGCAUUUGGUCUGCUCGCUAUUUUAAUACUUGCACUUGUUGUUGUUUAA